ACAGCUCCAAUGGUGCGGGCCUAUCACUAGAAAACGCCUCCUUUCAUUCAUUUCUCUCCUUUUUUAUCUGAACAAACAUUCAAACUUUCGAGUUUGAACUCCGCAUCCUUCGCCAUCAAUGGCCGACGCUGUUUCCAGCAAGCCCUCCACCAGCGGCGCCAACAAGAAGGUCGGCGGUAAUAGCCUCCUGUUGGGUCGCUUCGAAGUCGGCAAGCUUCUUGGUCAUGGCACGUUCGCCAAGGUCUACCAUGCUCGCAAUGUAAAAACCGGCGAAGGGGUCGCCAUCAAGGUUAUUGACAAGGAGAAAAUCCUCAAGAGCGGCCUCGUCGCUCACAUCAAGCGCGAGAUCUCCAUCCUCCGACGAGUCCGACACCCCAACAUCGUUCAGCUGUUCGAGGUCAUGGCCACCAAGGCCAAAAUCUAUUUCGUGAUGGAAUAUGUUCGUGGGGGUGAGCUAUUCAAUAAAGUAGCUAAAGGGCGAUUGAGAGAGGAAAGUGCCAGGAAGUACUUUCAGCAAUUGAUCUCCGCUGUCGGUUUCUGCCACGCGAGAGGGGUAUAUCAUCGGGAUCUCAAGCCUGAAAACUUGUUGCUCGACGAGAAUGGGGAUCUCAAGGUGUCUGAUUUUGGAUUGAGUGCUGUCUCUGAUCAAAUUCGGCAAGAUGGGUUGUUCCACACAUUUUGUGGGACUCCUGCUUACGUUGCCCCUGAGGUGUUGGCUAGAAAAGGUUAUGAUGGGGCAAAGGUUGAUGUUUGGGCUUGUGGGGUUGUUCUGUUUGUUUUGAUGGCUGGUUACUUGCCUUUCCAUGAUCAGAAUAUCAUGGCAAUGUACAAGAAGAUUUACAGGGGUGAGUUCAGAUGUCCCAAGUGGUUUACACCCGAUCUCACUCGGCUGGUCACGCGUCUUCUUGAUACCAACCCGCAAACCCGAAUUUCAAUUCCGGAGAUCAUGGAGAACCGGUGGUUCAAAAAAGGGUUUAAACAGAUAAAGUUCUAUGUGGAGGAUGAUAAGCUUUGUAAUAUUGAUGAUAAGAUGGACAAGUUUGAUGAUAUAGAAUCAAUGUCGGACUACUCCGUAUCAGAAUCUGAUUCCGAGAUAGAGACUAGAAGAAGAAAUGCUUCACUUCCAAGACCCGCGAGCUUGAAUGCAUUUGACAUAAUAUCAUUUUCUCCGGGUUUUGAUCUUUCUGGGUUGUUUGAGGAGAAGGGCGAUGAGGCGAGGUUUGUGUCUGGUGCACCAGUGUCAAAGAUUAUAUCAAAAUUGGAGGAAAUUGCCAGACUGGUCAGCUUCACUGUGAGGAAGAAAGAUUGCAGAGUAAACUUGGAGGGUUCGAGAGAAGGCGCAAAAGGGCCAUUGACAAUUGCUGCAGAGAUAUUUGAAUUAACACCUUCUUUGGUGGUGUUGGAGGUCAAGAAAAAAGCAGGGGAUAAAGCAGAGUAUGACCAAUUCUGUGACACUGAAUUGAGACCGGGGUUGCAGAACUUGAUGACUGAGCAACCUGCUACUUCUUCCCAAACGCCUGGUACAGAUACUGAACCGCCUCAACUACCUAUGGAUAUUGAUCCUCCACAUUACAUACCUUCGGAUACCGAAUAGGUUGUAAAGAGUGGUAGAACAGAAGACAAUGGGGGGUAUGCUUUCUUUUAUUUUUUUUCACUCUGUGCUUGGUAGAUUGUGUAUGCUAAAUUUUCCCCCAAGAUUUUCUUCUUCUAGGCGUGCCCCUAAAGUGGAGCAUUAGAUGCCGCUACUAUAUGUCUUAUAAUUGUACGCACAAAAGCUAAUUUCUUAUAGAGCAUGGACUGCUUUCCAAACGUCUGGGCGUACUGCUCUUUGUCUGCUUUCAUAAUUUAUUUCCGUCACUCAUUCCAUAUAAUUACGAGAUAACAAUGAUCUUUCCUGCU